CCGCUCCACGCAGCGGUGAAGGAUAAGAUUCUUGGAUCAUCAUUGCGGCGUCCAGAGCUCCUCUGAACCACAGCGAGCAGAAGAACAAAGACGAUGGGAUUUUAAAUGCAGAACCGAACAUGAGCCCAGACAUAUAGCUUCUCAGAGUGUAAGCUAAAGAGGAAGGUGUUGCUCUCAGUGAAAAGUUAAAGUACUCUGCUCUGGAUGCGGAGAUGCGCAGAAAGUGAUCGGGAUCCUCAUCGCUUCUACAAACCUCUACUAGUAAUUAAAACGCCAUGAAAGACGACUUUGGAGACGAGGAGGAAGUGCAGUCUUUUGGAUACAAGAGGUUCGGGAUCCAGGAGGGCACCCAAUGCACAAAGUGUAAGAAUGAAUGGGCGCUGAAGACCUCCAUAGCUCUGCUCUAUGUGUUGUGCACCCUCCUUACCAUUGCUGUUGCUGCUCUUGGAUAUAAAGUGGUGCAAAGAGUCGACAGUGUGUCUGAAGGUAUUGCAAACUAUGGCGGAAAAAUAAUUGCUGUCGAGACAGAUCUAAAAAAGCUUGAUGAUCAAACAGAAGAGAAGUCAGAGAACACCACCACAGAGAUUCAGGCUUUCAAGAGCAACAUCCGGGCCCUGCAGAGGCAGUUAUCUGCAGUGCAGGAACACGUCCACAGCGAUCAAGUCAAGCUGAAUCAGCUGCAGAGCAUAGGCUCAGAGAUUCAGAGCAGCCAGGGUACCAUUCAGGGACUGCUCAACAGCAAUACGGCCACUCUGCGUUCUGUAAACGGCACUCUGCAGUCUUACAGCAGCAUCAUUGAGAGUCUGCAGGAGGACACGGGCAGACUGCAGAGGGAGCUCCAGCAGCAAGUGAAACUGCAAAACCAGGCACUGCUCAGCAUCAGCAAUCUGAACCUCACUCAAGCCCAGCAGAGAGGUCUAAUUGCAGUUCUGCAGCAAUCGGUUGAUGAAACCAGCCAAGCAAUACACAAAAUGCGCAAUGACUAUCAAAACCUGGAGCAGAAUGCCCGGCAGACACGCUCCGAUGCAGAGUGGCUUCGUGGAAAAGUGGAAAACCUGCAAGUCAUAGCCAGCAAUGCCACAGGUCUGGCUAAAGCCAACAAUGACAGCCUGGAAGAUGUGGGGGCACAACUUGCUUUCAUGACCAGCCAGCUGCAGAACACCAGUAGCCUGGCUGAGGCUCAUGACCAGACGCUAAGGGAGAUCAUGGACCAGCAGAGGGACUUCUGCAACCUCACAUCCACAAAGUUUGACCGGGUGGAAAUACAGGUGGACGAGUUGGAGGAAACUAUGGACCGCGUGACGGGCAACAUGAGCUUCACCACGCAGCUUCUGGGAGCCAUAAACUUGAACCUGAAUGACCUACGCAGCUGUUCCGAGACCAUUGCCCGUCACUCAGAUGUCCUGCAGAACCUUAACGACAGCGUGACAGAUGUGAGGACAGAUUCAGCCAGCCUGAGGUUACAGCAAGAGGAGCUGGCAGCUCGUUUGGACAAGGAGGUCACCAGCCUUUCUAUUAUCAUGGAGGAGAUGAAGCUGGUGGACACCAAGCACUCACAGCUGAUAACAAACUUCACUAUUUUAAAAGGCCCACCUGGUCCGAGAGGACAAAGAGGGGACAGAGGACCUCAAGGAUCACCUGGUCAGACUGGAUCAAAGGGAGAAAAGGGAGAAAAGGGACCUCCAGGAAUGAGAGGAUCGAGAGGAGAGCAGGGUCCACCAGGAUCACCAGGUCUUCCAGGGUUCAAGGGCCUCUCAGGUGUACCUGGAAGUCCUGGACCUAAAGGCUCUAGAGGGUCAGGAGGCAGAGCUGGACCUCCAGGAGCUAAAGGAGAGCCAGGGUCUGCCGGUCUACCUGGAAGAGACGGCCAAACUGGUGUGCCAGGACUGCAAGGCCCACCCGGUAUCAGCGGACCAAUGGGACCAGCUGGGGAACAAGGUCCAAGAGGACUACCUGGACCAGUGGGACCCCCGGGGCCUGUGGGUCCACCGGGGCUACCAGGAAUUCCGAUUCAUAGUCCAGUAGUGCCUUUUCCACAGGAUGAGGCAGAUCCUACAGCACUGUCAGCCCCAGGUUGCCCACUUGGUUGGAUAAACUACAAAAACAAGUGCUACUUUUUUUCCAAAGACAUGCACAGUUUUGAUGAUUCCAAAGCAAACUGUGAAUCAAAAUCUGCAAUGUUACUGAUCAUCAGUGACGAAGAGGAACAGCAAUGGCUUGAGAGGCAAAUAGUUGGAAAAGGCUACUUCUGGAUUGGCCUGACAGACAGCGAAGAGGAGAAUGUGUGGCGCUGGGUGGAUGGGACUGCUCCUGCUUUCAUAAAGUGGAAGCCCGGACAGCCUGACAACUGGGGCCACAGUCAUGAGUUAGGGGAGGACUGUGCAGGUCUCAUCCACAAAGGGUUGUGGAAUAAUUUCUCCUGUAAAGUUCUCAUUAGCUAUAUCUGUGAGAAGGAACUAGAGAUGACAAGAUCAUAGCAGCGUGUUAAAUAAAGGAGCACAGUGAGCAGCUCUGCUUCGUCCGCACUGGUUGACUGACUGGGCUCGUGGACCGUCUGGACGGAGAGGAAAAAGAGACACUUUUGAAGGGGUUUCCAGGGGCUUCAGCAGCAAACAGCUUCCUCCAAGUUCCUUCAGUUUCCUCCAAGGUGAAGCCAGUGCAUCAUUACCAGCAAGUGCAGAAGGACAACCGAAUGGAGGAGAAACUGUCAAAUAUCAGGCAUUUUUAUAUAUAAAACAUGGUAUUUACCUGUACCUUUACAACUAAACACCUGAAUGUUUGCUUCAUUAGCCACAUUUUAUAGGGGAGUAUAAGGGCUAUAAAGGUCAAAAGGACUGUAACUUUGUAUAUUUCAGAGAUUAAAAUGUGUAAAAGGAUGCAUAAAAAAGCACACAGCAGACAUGCUAUCUUCAAUGAAACAUAUACCUAACCUCA